CCAGAGGCUCCCUUCUCUCUCUCUCUCUCUCUCUCUUAACUCCAUCGCUCAAGUUCUCUCUCUUCCCCGUAUUUUAAACCUAACAAAAAAAUCCUGUACGGAACCCGUCUUCUCUCUCUUUCUCUGAGACAGGCAGCAUUGUUUGCGGGCACUUUCUCCCUUCUCCCCCUUCGGCAUUUCCGAAAGCAAUCUCUCUCUCUCUCUCUCUACGACGGCCGGCCGUUGAAUACACUGACAAUUGAAGCGCAUGGAGAGGAGAGGAGGCAUGGUUUCCCUAUCCCCGUCGCAGACGCCGCGGUCGAGCGACAAGGUCGCGAGAGAUCUGCGAUCGGCCGAGGGGAACUCCAGCAUAAAGUUCGACAAGGAUAAAGGCGUCAAUGUCCAGGUCAUUGUUCGAUGCAGGCCGCUGAACGAGGAUGAGCUGAGACUGCAUACGCCGGUGGUGAUUACUUGUAACGAGAACAGAAGAGAAGUGUCUGCGGUUCAGAACAUUGCCAAUAAGCAGAUUGAUAGAACUUUCCUGUUCGAUAAGGUGUUUGGUCCAACCUCCCAACAAAAGGACUUGUAUGAUCAAGCUGUGUCUCCUAUAGUGUUUGAAGUUCUUGAGGGCUAUAACUGCACUAUUUUUGCAUAUGGUCAGACGGGAACAGGGAAAACAUACACAAUGGAGGGUGGAGGAAGGAAAAAGAAUGGCGAGUUCCCGAAUGAUGCAGGUGUUAUUCCCAGGGCUGUUAGGCAGAUUUUUGAUAUAUUAGAAGCUCAAAAUGCCGAGUACAACAUGAAAGUUACAUUUCUUGAGUUAUACAAUGAGGAAAUAACAGAUCUCUUAGCCGCAGAGGAAAGUUCAAAAUUCAUAGAUGACAAAUCCAAGAAACCUAUAGCUCUCAUGGAGGAUGGAAAAGGUGGUGUUUUUGUCAGAGGCUUGGAAGAGGAGAUAGUAUGUACCGCCAAUGAAAUUUAUAAAAUAUUAGAGAAAGGUUCUGCUAAGAGAAGAACCGCGGAGACACUUCUUAACAAACAAAGUAGUCGAUCUCACUCAAUAUUUUCCAUCACGAUUCACAUUAAGGAGUGUACUCCAGAGGGGGAGGAGAUGAUUAAAUGUGGGAAGCUCAAUCUUGUUGACCUUGCUGGGUCUGAGAACAUUUCUCGCUCUGGUGCAAAAGAGGGAAGAGCCAGGGAAGCUGGCGAGAUCAAUAAAAGUUUGCUCACACUUGGUCGUGUCAUUAACGCUCUUGUUGAGCACUCUGGUCAUGUACCAUAUAGGGAUAGCAAACUAACAAGAUUGUUGAGGGAUUCCUUGGGAGGGAAAACAAAGACGUGCAUAAUUGCAACUGUAUCACCCUCUAUUCCUUGUUUGGAAGAAACACUCAGCACUCUAGAUUAUGCACACCGUGCCAAAAAUAUCAAGAACAAACCAGAGAUUAAUCAAAAGAUGAUGAAAUCAGCAGUUAUCAAGGAUUUGUAUUCUGAGAUUGACCGGCUAAAGCAAGAGGUAUAUGCUGCUAGGGAGAAGAAUGGUAUUUAUAUACCAAGAGAUCGUUAUCUUCAGGAUGAAGCAGAGAAAAAGGCCAUGGCUGAAAAAAUAGAGCGCAUGGAGCUUGAUUUCGAAUCCAGAGACAAGCAAGUAAUGGAGCUGCAGGAACUCUACAAUUCUCAGCAGCUUUUGACUGCAGAAUUAAGUGACAAACUUGAAAAAACUGAGAAAAAGCUCCAUGAAACUGAGCAUGCAUUGUUCGAUCUCGAAGAAAGACACAGACAAGCAAAUGCAACAAUCAAAGAAAAAGAAUACCUGAUAUCCAACCUUCUCAAGUCAGAGAAAGCACUUGUUGAGCGUGCUCUUGAGCUUCGAGAGGAGCUAGAUAAUGCUGCAUCAGAUGUCUCUAGCUUAUUCACAAAGAUUGAGCGCAAGGAUAAAAUAGAAGAUGGAAACAGAAUUCUUAUUUGCAAAUUCCAGUCUCAAUUAACUCAACAGCUUGAAACCUUGCAUAAGACUGUGGCAGCUUCUGUCACACAACAGGAACAACAAUUGAAAGACAUGGAGGAAGACAUGCAUUCUUUUGUAUCCACAAAGGCAGACGCUACUGAUGAACUUCGAGGCCGUCUAGUAAAACUCAAAACCAAGUAUGGUUCUGGUAUCAAAGCUUUGGAUGAUUUAGCUGGGGAGCUUGAUGGAAAUUCCAGGUCAACGUUUGGACAUCUGAAUUCUGAAGUUGGUAAACAUUCAUCAGCGCUGGAGGAUCUUUUCAAAGGAAUAGCUUCAGAAGCUGAUGCUUUACUUAAUGAUCUUCAAAAGAGUCUUCACAGUCAGGAAGAUAAAGUAGCUGCAUAUGCACAACAGCAGCGCGAGGCACAUUCCAGAGCUGUGGCAACUACUCUGUCUAUUUCUCAAAUUACUGCGAACUUCUUCAAGACGUUAGAUGCGCAUGCCUCAAAAUUGAGCGAAAUCGUAGAAGAAGCACAAACAGUCAAUGAUGAGAAAUUGUCUGAGCUAGAAAAGAAAUUUGAGGAAUGUGCUGCAAAUGAAGAAAGGAAACUCUUAGAAAAGGUGGCAGAGUUGCUCGCAAGUUCAAAUGCAACAAAAAAGAAACUGGUUCGAACAGCAGUUCAUGGUCUUCGGGAAAGCGCAGCCAGCAGAACCAGUAGAUUACAGCAAGAGAUGUCAACUAUGCAAGAUUCCAGUUCUGCUGUUAAAGCUGAAUGGAAGGUUUACACGGAAAAAGCUGAAACUCACUAUCUUGAGGAUACUGCUGCAGUAGAAAGUGGAAAGAAAGACAUGGAAGAAGUCCUCCAGAGCUGUUUGCAAAAGGCAAGGAUUGGUGCACAGCAGUGGAGUAAUGCUCAAGAUUCAUUGCUUGGUCUGGAGAAGAAUAAUGUUGCUUCCGUAGAGGAUAUUGUUAGAGAGGGAAUGGACGCCAAUCAAAACCUACGUGCUCAGUUUUCUUCUGCCAUGUCCUCAACACUUGAAGAUGCGGACUUAGCAAGCAAGAAUCUCCUGACCUCAAUUGAUCAUUCAUUACAACUAGAUCACGACGCAUGUGGAAAUCUAGACUCCAUGAUUGUUCCUUGUUGUGGAGAGCUGCGGGAACUGAAGGGCGGACACUACCAUAAGAUUGUGGAGAUAACGGAAAAUGCUGGAAAAUGUCUUCUAAGUGAAUAUGCGGUGGAUGAACCGUCUUGUUCAACCCCGAGAAAGAGGUCAUUCAAUUUGCCGAGCAUCACAUCCAUCGAAGAACUCAGAACCCCCUCAUUUGAGGAGUUACUGAGGGCAUUUUGGGAUGCGAAAUCCUCAAAGCAAACAAACGGUGAUGUGAAACAUCUCCUGGGUUCAUACGAGGGUAGUCCCAAUUCUAUAAGAGAUUCCAGAUUUCCUCUCGCUGCUAUAAACUAGGCGGGGAUCAGAACUCAAUGUAUGAAUAUAUAGUGGAGUUUGUACAUAAACAUAUGCCUGGGGGUUCAUUUCACACCAGUAUUCUUUUCUAUUGUCUGUCAAAUUCAUUUGUGGAGGAAAGAUAGGAAAAUGAUAGUAGAUUUUUUGAAUGAUUUUUCUUUUUUUCGGGUGGUCUAUUUGUCUGUUCGUUUCAAUUCUCCGCUCUGAGAAAGGCUUUCGACUGUUUGUAUUAAAAAGUUCUAUUCCAGUGUAUCAAUUCUGGUUAGCAGUUCUA